AUGAAGAUAAAGGUGGGUAUCUUGGGUCUUCCGAAUGUUGGAAAGUCAACCCUCUUUAAUGCACUUGUGCAGAAAUCCAUUGCGCACGCCGCUAAUUUCCCAUUUUGUACCAUCGAUCCCAACGUGGCACCAAUCCCUGUCCCCGACCCAUACUUGGAACGUCUCGGUCGUGUUGCGCAAAGCAAGGCAGUUAAACCAGCAACGAUGGAAUGGGUCGAUGUGGCUGGUCUCGCCAAGGGUGCCCAUCGUGGAGAAGGUCUUGGCAACCGCUUUCUAGCAUCAUUGCGGGAAUGUGAUGCGAUUUGUCAUAUAAUUCGUGCGUUUGAAGACCCAAAUGUUGUGCAUGUGGACGGACAGGUCGACCCAGUUUCCGAUGCCAACGUGAUUGGACUGGAACUGAUCCUGGCGGACCUGGCUCACGUCGAGCGUCGUCUAGAGAAAACUACGUGCAGUGGUGUCGAGCGAGCGACGCUAGAGUCCAUUGCCGAAUCUCUCGAAAAGGGUAUUCCGGCACGGGAUCUACAAUUGUCGAAAGAAGACUUGCUUUCCAUCAAAUCUAUGGGAUUGCUGACGCUCAAACCAUUCUUAUAUGUGUUCAAUGUUGACGAGGUUGACUUUUGCUACCGAGAACAAGCUCUCGAGACGGCCAGAGAAAGACUGCAGUUAAUUCCGUAUUGUGAUCUUGAAACGAAGGAUAACUUUACGAUCGUGAGCGCAAAGAUGGAAGCGAAUUUAGGGGAAAAACCCAGAGAGACCCAAUUGAGUUACCUCCAGGAUAUGGGAAUGGAGUUUGAGAAGGAUGACCAGCUUGAAGGCAUACGGAGUUACAAUGUAAUGCCCACCAUGGUUCAAAGAUUGCUAAACCUGGGUUUAGUGUACACGGGACCCGGCGUUGCGUCCAGUAGGUCGCAAACCACCAAAGCGUACAUGAUCGACAGCGGCGGUGGUGCCAGUACCGGACGAGCAACCACCGCCCAUGACUUUUCCGGUCGGUUGCAUGGCGACAUUCGCAAGGGAUUCACCCGAGCCGAAAUCACCAAGGCGGAAGCGCUGUUAAAAUACGACUCCUACGUAGCCGCCAAAGAUGCUGGCAUUGUCCGUACCGAAGGCCGUGACUACAUCCUCCAACCGGACGAAGUCGUCUAUAUCAAAUGGAAAUAG